AUGCUGACAACACCGUGGGUCUGUCGCAGCUGUCUUUCGCGCAUUGCACGACCAUUGAUACGGCGACAAUUACGUCAUCAAUCAACCUCUGCUGCUUCCGAAUCCAUACCGCCUGCCCUUCUCUCACGAGCUCGUAACAUUGCCCUUGAGCACAAGACCCUUACAGAAAAGCUUGCCAAUGGUUUUGAUACGAAAUCAGCGAAGAAGCUGGGCGAAUACAGCUCCAUUGUGAGGGCAUUGGAGAAGUGGGACAAGGCCAAUGAAUCUGUUACAGAGCUCACUUCGCUGAUUCACGACUCAACGACUGAUCCUGAACUACGAGAUCUCGCAGCAGAUGACCUUGGGGAGACGCGCAUCGACCUCAUCAAUGCCUCUCAGAGCCUGAUCACCUCCCUCGUACCGGUACACCCGUUCGCCCACCUGCCAUGUCUGAUCGAAAUACGACCAGGAGCUGGUGGAUCAGAGGCUGCCAUCUUCGCUGGCGAUCUGUUUCGCAUGUACCAAGCGUUCUGCAACCACAAUGGCCUUCGAACGAGCGUUUUGAAGUAUGAAAACAUCAACGGCACUAGCGAGGCCGGCAUACCGCUUUCGGAAGCCAUUUUCGAGGUCGAGACCGAGAAUGCAUACGGCGUCUUCAGAUGCGAAGCAGGUGUGCACCGCGUCCAGCGUGUGCCGGCCACCGAGACCAAAGGGAGAACACAUACGAGUGCAGCGUCUGUGCACGUCUUGCCAAGUUUGCAAGAGAAUUCGGCAGCUCAAGAGGAUUUCGACGAUCCAGAGAGCGAUUACUACAUCGACAUCAAGGAGGUCAGGCAGGAGGUUAUGCGGGCCAGUGGAGCCGGUGGUCAGCACGUCAACAAAACCGAAUCAGCCGUUCGACUCACCCACAUACCCACAAACACAGUAGUUGCAAUGCAAGACUCGCGAUCUCAGUCAAAAAACAAAGAGAAGGCUUGGGCACUGCUUCGCUCCCGUAUCGCACAAGCACGGAGAGAGAAACGAGAAGACGAGAUCGUGGCAAUGCGUCGAAGCGUAAUUGGUGUAGCCAAGAUGGGCCGGGGAGACAAGAUUCGAACAUACAAUUACGGACAACAAAGAGUUACGGAUCACAGGAGUGGUACCACGGUACACGAUCUUGACGAUGUGAUGGCUGGCGGCCAGACACUCGAGAAGGUCAUGGAUAGCGUACGCAGCUGGCUCAUGGAGCGAGACGUGGAGGGAUUGAUCGCUGAGGAGGGCGACACUAAUUGA